AUGGAGGAACAAACGGUGAAAGAUCUGAAAGCCCUCACCGUGAGAGAUCUGAAAGCCCUCGCCAAGGAGCGGGGUAUCCCCAGGUAUUAUUGGAUGCUAAAAGCCGGACUCGUCGAAGCGCUAACCAACACGCCACCACAAACCCCUCCGGCUAAACUUCUCAAAGGGCUGCCACUACCGCCUCGCAUUAUUCCGUCCAACACAUCGGGGAGGGUUCUGGACGAACCGAUACCUGAGAUUAAUGUCCCCAUUCUCAAACCCUCCCAACCCACGCGAAACUCCCACGUCCGUCCACUCAAGCAUUUUGCGAACAGGGCGGUCGACUCAAUCAAGAGGGAGUUAAACGAGUUUGCGGACUGGAUACAAUCUUAUGUCCCUGAGCCUGUCAAAAAGACUGUAGAUAAACGGGUCAAACGUCUGAAGGAAAAGAUUAAGCGUAUAUCCGGGGGAACAGAAGGUCGCUUCACACCCAAAGAACAACAGACAGCAUUGAAGGGGUAUCUUAAGACCCACGGAAUAGCCGGGCAGGAAGGGUACGACCCCAAGACAUUCAUCGCUAAUAUCAAACCAAAAGUCCUAGAGCUCAUCGGUCAGCAAAAGAAGCCUAUCAAAGUUAAGUUUAUCUUUACUUGUAGGUUUAUCAAAGAGGAUCCAGCUACAGGCCAGAUCGAUGAAGAACUGGGAUAUUUUCAUACAGAAAAGCCCGAAACUGUAACAGAGUCGGCCGAUUUCUCCAGUUUGUUCGAUACGAUGGCAAAUUAUUUACUCGAAUUGGUUGAGCAAUUCCAAAAAAAGGGCUCAGGGUGGCAAUUUGAUCAAGUGGAAUACUUUGACAUCAACAUCGAUCCCCUUGAGCCGCUUUCGGGAAGUUCCUAUAUUCCGCUGCCGUCGAAACUAGUGACCAAGCACGCAGUCAUCAAUGUUAGGAACGAGGACGAUCAUGAAUGUUUCAAGUGGGCAGUAACCUCUGCUGUGUAUCCUAGGGAGAAAGAUCCUCAAAGGCUCAAUAAACAAAUGAUAGAGAACUCUGAGAAAUUCGACUGGUCAGGGAUAGAGUUCCCCGUCUCACUAAAACAGAUUGACAAGUUUGAGAAACAGAACCCGUAUACGGUUAAUGUGUUUGGAUACGAAACCAAAGUAUAUCCAUUGAGAGUCAGCGAGAGGGAUCCAGAUAAUGCAAUCAACUUACUUCUCAUCUCGAAUGAUGAGACGGAUCAUUACUGCUGGAUAAAGAAUAUGAUGAGAUUAGUAUCUACUCAAAUUGAUAAGUUUCAUCAUACUCGGUUUUUAUGCUGUAGAUGCCUGAACUCGUUUCGGUGCAAACAAUCAUUAGAAAAACAUUCUGAAUGCUGCGGCAAUCAUGAAGCGGUUAGAAUAGAGAUGCCUAAGAUAGACAAGGAUGGAAAUCUACCCCACAUUAAAUUCAAAAACUACAACAGAAAAAUGCGUGUCCCCUUUGUUGUCUAUGCCGACUUUGAGAGCUUCACAGAGAAUAUAGACACUUGCUCCCCAGAUGGGAGUAAAAGCUUCACUAAGCAAUACCAGAAGCACAAACCGUCUGGUUUCUGCUAUCUCAUCAAGUGUUUCGACGGAGAUAUAUCCCCAUCCGAGCUUGUACGAUACACAGCUGAAUCUCCAGACGAAGAUAUCCCACAGCUUUUCGUAGAGUCUUUGGAGUCAGACAUUAAGAAAAUUUACGAUAAGUUCAGGUUCCCUAAGAAGGUAAAAAUGACUCCGAAGGACAAAAUCGCCUAUAACGACGCCACUCACUGCCACAUCUGUGAGGGUGAAUUAGGGGAAGACAAGGUUUUGGACCAUUGCCACCUUACAGGGAAGUACAGAGGUGCUGCUCACAACGCAUGCAACUUAGAUCACAAAAUCCCAAAGUUCUUUCCCGUUUUCUUCCACAACCUGUCCGGGUACGACAGUCAUUUGUUUAUCAAGAACCUAGGCGCGUCAGAGGGUAAGAUAAGUUGCAUACCUAAUAACGAGGAAAAGUAUAUUUCUUUCACGAAACAGGUCGUGGUCGGCAGUUUCACGAACAAGAAGGGCAACAAGAUUGAUGUUAAACGUGAUAUCAGAUUUAUCGACAGUUUCAAGUUUAUGUCGGCCAGUCUCGACAGUCUAGUAGGUAAUAUGUCAAGGGAGUGCUUCAAAAACCUGGCGGAGUACUAUGAGGGGGAGGAGCUCCAGCUGUUGUUGAGGAAGGGUGUUUUCCCUUACGACUGGUUCGACGGCUUUAGCAAGCUCGACGCAACACAGCUCCCACAGAGAGAGGCAUUCCACUCCAAACUCAACGACACCGACAUAUCGGAGGAGGAUCACCUGCACGCGCGGAGAGUGUGGGAGGUCUUUGGGAUGGGGACCAUGAGGGAUUACCACAAUCUGUAUCUAGAGUCGGAUGUGUUGCUUUUAGCUGACGUUUUCGAGAACUUUAGAGACGUUUGUCUCAAGAAUUACGAUCUGGACCCCGCUUGGUACUACACAGCGCCAGGGCUGGCUUGGGAUGCAGCGUUGAAGACCACCAAGGUGAGGCUAGAGCUUCUGACGGACUAUGACAUGUUGCUCAUGAUUGAGAAGGGCAUCCGUGGGGGUGUCUCCAUGAUAAGCAACAGACAUGGGGAGGCAAAUAACCCUUACAUGAAGGAGUGGAUGGGUGACCAAGAGCUGUCAGGUUGGAGAGACCGCCCAUGCAUUCUGGAGGUUGACUUGGAGUACCCCCACCACCUGCAUGACUUGCACAACGAUUACCCACUAGCCCCAGAGUCUAUCGGGCUAGGCAAGGUGGACAAGUUGGUCCCCAACCUCAACGACAAGACAAAGUACGUUAUCCACCAUGAGACUCUGAGACUUUAUGUGAGUUUUGGGCUAAAAGUCACCAAGAUUCACAGGGGUGUCACUUUUGAGGAGUCUGCGUGGCUGGAGCCCUACAUUGACUUGAACACCGAUCUGAGAGCCAAGGCGACUAAUGAUUUCGAGAAGGACUUCUUCAAGUUGAUGAACAACUCCGUCUUUGGGAAAACCAUGGAGAACAUUAGGAACAGGGUGGACAUUCGCUUGGUGACGGACGAGAAGCAGGCCAAGAAGCUCAUAUCAAAGCCGAACUAUCAACAUCGCACCAUCUUUUGCGAGAAUCUUGUCGCCAUUCACAUGAAGAAGACAAAGUUAACCUUCAACAAACCCGUUUACUUAGGCAUGUCCAUCCUGGAUAUAAGCAAGACGCUCAUGUAUGAUUUCCAUUACAACUUUGUCAAACCCAAGUACGGUGAUGCGGCUAAACUCUUAUUUACCGAUACGGACAGCCUGAUGUAUGAGAUCAAGACGAAAGACUUUUACAAGGACAUCAGCGGGGAUGUGAGGUCCAUGUUUGACACCAGCAACUUUCCGAAGGGUCACCCAUCCGGUAUUGAGGUGGGUGUGAACAAGAAAGUCAUCGGAAUGUUUAAAGAUGAGGCUGGGGGCCAGCAAAUUACAGAAUUUGUAGGACUGAGAGCCAAACUUUACUCAUACAAGAUGGAUGAAGGUAAAGAAGAGAAGAAAUGCAAGGGCGUCAAGAGAGCAGUCGUCAAGAAGAGCAUCGGUUUCGAUAACUACAAGGAUUGCCUAUUUGAUAAGAAACCUCAGAUGAUACUUAUGAAUGUCAUCAGAAGUCAUAAGCAUGAUGUUUACACUGAAACGGUGAACAAGGUCGCUCUAUCUCAUGAGGAUGACAAGCGAAUCAUCUGUGACGAUGGCAUCCACACCUUCGCUCACGGUCAUUUCAAAACUGCGGCUGGUGGUAGCUCAGUAUCUUCAGGAACGACUUGA